CAAAAAUUUGGCAUGAAAUUUUGAAACCCCCACCAAACCCUCCCUCGCUUUAUAUUUCCACAGCCCGCCCGAAAUCACCCCGAAAAAUUAAAACCCCCCAAUUUCAAUUCCCACCAAUUUCACAACCCCAAUUUCUAAUUUUUAAUUUCACUUAUCGUCUUUCUCUUAGAUUUACAUACCUGUAGGCUGCUCAUAGGCCCCUCCCCUCAGCUCCCAGCUCUGUGAUUUCUAGGGUUUCCAUUUCCCAAAACCACAAAUCUAGGGUUUUAACAAUUGUUGUUGUCCAAUUCUCGAUCUGUACUUGAUUGCUCCGUACCCAUGGCUACCGAAUCCCUAGAGGACAAGAAACCGGAAGACGAAGCUCCUCUUGAAGAGAAGCAAGAGGCUGAAGCCGAAGUGGAGCCUAAGGAAGAGCAAGAAGAACAAGAGAAAGAGGAAGAAAAGGAGGGAGAGAAGGAGAAUGUUCCGGAAGCUUCGGAGAAAGUGACUGAAAACGAGGAAGAGCAAGUUGGUGAAGAAGGCGAAGAGGAGAAAGAGAAAGAAAGUGAAGAAACUCCGAAGAAGGCGAAGAGGGGCCGAAAAACUAGCUCCAAAAAGGAGGAGAAGGACCAGACCGAGCCCAAGAGGCGGGGCCGAGACUCGUCAGGGAAGAAGUCGAGUAAAGAAGCUGAGGCGGAGAAGAAAGAGAAGGAGCCGGUAACACCGGUGAGUGAGAGGCCCACAAGGGAGAGGAAAAUAGUUGAGCGCUACUCAGCUCCCGAGAGUGGAAGGUCUUCGGCGAAUAAAGCUUUGAACAUUGAGAAGGGUCGCGGUACAGAACUUAAGAACAUUCCAAACGUUGCUUUCAAGUUGUCAAAGCGAAAAAUUGAUGACAACCUGCAAUUACUUCACACAAUUCUCUUUGGGAAAAAAGCAAAGGCUCAUAAUUUGAAGAAGAAUAUAAGUCAGUUUUCAGGUUAUGUGUGGACUGAGAAUGAGAGGACAAGGGUAAAGGAGAAGCUUGAUAAGUGUGUUAAAGAAAAGUUAGUGGAUUUUUGUGAGUUUCUUAAUAUUCCGAUUAAGGCUGGUACAAAGAAGGAGGAGCUUUCUGUUAAGUUAUUGGAGUUUUUGGAAUCCCCACAUGUCACAACUGAUGUUUUGCUUGCUGAAAAGGAACAGAAAGGGCAAAAGCGGAGGAGGAAGGUUACACCAAGUAAGAUGGCAGGUUCUGGAGAAGCAUCACCAGAAACAUCAGCCAAGAAACAAAAAGAAAUACCCAAUGUUGAAAAAAAGCAGGACUCGUCCAAGGCUGAAGAAGAGGAGGGCGAUGACAAUGAUGAAACUUCAGAUGCAAAGGACAAUUCUGUUGGAGAUGAUCACAAUACGAUGGAUGAGGAUACAGACCAUGAGGAUAAAUCCGAUGAAGAGCAAGAUGAACCAAAGGACCAGGUCUCAAGUCCAAAAAGUUCAUCCAAAAAGGUUGUAAAGGAGGGAUCAAAGGUUAAAGCUGGGAGCAAAGCAACACCUGCUAAGAAGAAAACCCCUGCAAAAUCUGUGAAAACACCUACGGAUUCUGCAAAGAAAUCUAGUUCUACUUCAAAAAGAGGUGCAAGUGAUGCCGAUGGAGCUUCUGGCUCACAGACUAAAGCAAAGCGAUCUGCAAAGAAACAAAAGACUGAAAAGGAAAGCCAGAAGGAUGUCAAGGAAAAAGCCAGUGGCAAGAAACAGUCGAGCAAGUCCCCGGCCAAGGUUUCGGCAAAGGAUCAAGCGAAAGGAAAAACUAGCAAGAAAGCAAAGGCAGAGCCCACAAAAGAUGAUAUGCAUGCAGUAAUUGUUGAUAUUCUGAAAGAAGUGGACUUCAAUACUGCAACUUUAUCAGACAUUCUCAGGCAACUUGGUACCCACUUCGGUAUUGAUUUAAUGCAUAGAAAAGCAGAGGUGAAGGAUAUAAUUACAGAAGUAAUUAACAAUAUGUCUGAUGAGGAAGAUGAAGGGGAUGAAGCAGAGGAGGAAGCUGAAGCUGGUGAUGAUGCCGACAAAGAUGAAGAAAAGGAUGACAACGACGAAGAUGAUGCUUAGUUCAUAGUAGGCCAGAGCUUAUACGUGACUGUUGCAGAAAUUGUGCCAUACGGCGGCAUUCACCAGUUCAUAUCUUUCUACAGAGGUGUGUGUCAUCCGCAGUUUUUAAGAACCGAUAGGAUUGCCUUAAUUUUCAGAUAAAUAUACCCAGCUGGGUGUGUUUGUACCAUAUUAUUUUAACCUCUUUUGUAGUGUUAAUCUGACCUCAGAUUCAUAUGUUAGGUUUGUUUACUUCUUUUUAAGUUAAACCCCCCUCCUAUAAAAGUUGUUUAGCUGUAGCCAUGACUUGAUUUUCAUCAUAAAUGAGUAGUAAGUGGGUUUUUUUUCCUUAA